AUGACAUCCACAGUAUUUGAUCUUAAUAACCAAGGGAUUCACUACCUGCAACAAGGUUCAUUGGGAGAAGCCGCCAACACCUUCCAAUCGGCACUAAUGAGGUUGCGAGAAGUCCUGUAUCGAACUAUCAAGGCCGAUACCACGCAACGCAGCAGCAGCAGCAGCAGCAUUGACAACCGCAUUGCCAUCCCAACCAGAACCGGUCCAAGCAGUCCAUCCAAUGUGCUACAGAACGAGAAUCAGUUCUCUCUCUUUGAUCAGGCAUUCAUUCUUCCCUGCAGGCUCUCAGAGAGCGAGAUCUUGCUCAGUGUGGAUCUUGAAAACUUGGUCAGCUGCUGCCUCCUUUACAACCUGGCUUUGACUUACCACAAGCGAGGACUGGCUACUGGCAAGUCCAAGGACCUGCAACAAGCUGUGAGCCUCUAUCAAAAGGCAGCAACAUUGGGUGACUUUGUUGAGGAGCUUGCUGAACAGAGCCUUCUGCAGAUCCUGGCAGUGUUUAACAAUCUGGGGCACAUCUAUUCUGAGCACUUUGAAUCCGCUCAAGUCUCUGGCUGCAUGGAUUCUAUCCUGAUGAUCCUUGAAUCCAGCGAAAGCUACGAGCAUCUACAAGAAGAGGAUUACAACUUCUUUUCCUGGCACUUCUUCUUGUACCCUGAGAUUCCUGUCUGGUUGGCACCAGCAGCUUGA